ACACACACACACACAAAGCUGAGACCCAUAUGACCCCUCUGAGGGGUGGGAGCAGAGCUGAAAGCUUUUCGACAUCUGACUAAUAACUGUUAACGCUUUCUGCCUUCUGUCUAUUUGCUGUUCUGAAGUUCGUCCUCAGUGCAGGUCAACAGAGUAAGAACAGCUGCACAGGAAUGGCGGCCUUCCUGCAUCACUGCCCCUUCCUAAAGUCUGUGCCUAAGCCAUUUUUGAGGAGAACUGGAGCCACCUUGCUGUCUCUGGCCGAUCAAUGCCCCAUCAUCACUCGGCAGAUCAGUGUGGGCGGCACAGCCUCUCUGGAGGCCAAGGUGGGCGUCUCACCCAUCAAACCCAAGAGUCACCAACUUCCCACAGUUGACCAAAGGAGGCUGUUUGCUCAGAGAGCCACUCAGGUGGCUGUGUCUGUAUCGAAGGGCUGCCCCUUUGUCACCUCUGAGAUUGGGAUUGUCCGAGCCAGCCCUGAAGUACAAGAGGACGUCCAAGAUGGUUUGAUGACUUCUCUGUUGAAGGGUUUAAAGGAUGCGAUCCUCCCAACGCCAGCACAAACAAACACUGUCACCCACCUCCUCAAAGACAACAUGGUUGGCCCUAGCUACGACUAUGACCGCUUCUUUACUGAGAAGAUCUCUGAGAAAAAGAAAGACCACACAUACAGAGUCUUCAAGACCGUGAACAGGAGCGCUGCGGUCUUCCCAUUCGCUGAGGAUUACUCCAUCUCUGGGCGGGAGGGCUCCCAGGUGUCCGUCUGGUGCAGCAACGACUAUCUGGGAAUGAGUCGACACCCACGGGUGCUCAGUGCGAUCAGAGAUGCUGUGGAAAAGCACGGCGCAGGAGCAGGAGGGACCAGAAACAUCUCAGGCACCAGUAACUUCCAUGUGUCACUGGAAAAAGAGCUGGCACAGCUGCACCAGAAGGACGCAGCUCUGGCCUUCUCCUCCUGCUUCGUGGCAAAUGACUCCACCCUCUUCACUUUGGCUAAGAUGCUGCCAGGGUGCGAGAUCUACUCUGAUGCAGGGAACCACGCAUCGAUGAUUCAGGGCAUCAGGAACAGCGGAGCCAAGCGCUUCAUCUUCCGCCACAAUGACAGUCGACACCUGGAGGAACUGCUGCAAUGCUCUGACCCCAAGACACCCAAAAUAGUAGCAUUUGAGACUGUGCACUCAAUGGAUGGUGCCAUAUGUCCUCUGGAAGAGCUAUGCGAUGUCGCUCAUCGUUAUGGAGCUCUGACGUUUGUUGAUGAAGUUCAUGCUGUGGGCCUGUACGGAGCCCAUGGAGCUGGAGUGGGAGAGAGGGACAACAUCAUGCACAAGAUUGACAUUGUUUCUGGGACUUUAGGCAAAGCCUUUGGGUGUUUUGGAGGCUACAUCGCCAGCAGCGCCGCCCUGGUGGACACAGUGCGCUCCUUUGCAGCCGGCUUCAUCUUCACCACUGCCCUGCCCCCGAUGGUCCUGGCUGGAGCCCUGGAGUCUGUCCGGGUCCUGAAGAGCCCUGAGGGGCAGGCGCUCCGCAGAGCCCACCAGAGGAACGUCAAACACAUGAGACAGCUGCUCAUGGAUAAGGGCCUACCUGUGGUCAAUUGUCCUAGCCACAUCAUCCCCAUACAGGUGGGCAACGCGGAGCUCAACACCAAAGUGUGUGACACCCUGCUGGAGAGACACAACAUUUAUGUCCAGGCCAUCAACUACCCCACUGUACCUCGUGGUGAGGAGCUGCUGCGCCUGGCUCCAUCUCCUCAUCACAACCCCGCCAUGAUGGACUACUUUGUAGAGAAACUGGUGGAGGUGUGGCAGGAGGCAGGGCUUCAGGUCAGCAGCCCGGCCACAGCUUCCUGCACCUUCUGUGACCGCCCGCUGCAUUUUGACCUUAUGAGUGAGUGGGAGAGAUCCUACUUCGGCAACAUGGAACCACAAUACAUUACUGUGUUAGCAUAAUACCAUGUGGCUUCUCAACACAAGUUAUACAUUCAAUAAAUGGCUGAAUGUAAUUCUAAAUUCAACAUGUUUUUAAAUUAUAAAGUCCUUCAAGUGCACUGACAAGAGUAUGGAUUUUAGCUUUAGCUAACGUGAGUGGUAUGAACUAAAUUCCAAUAUUUAUUUCUGUCUUCCUAUAUUUAUGCUUUUUAAAUUAUUUAUGCUAUCAUGGAUAUGAUU